UCUGGCAGUGGCACAUGGGCACAAGGACUGUGUUUACAUUUUGGCCACAAUGCAUUGCUUGAAAACUGUGAGAACACUACAGAUAAGCAGAUUGUCAAAGAAACUAGCUGACAAGCCUUGCCUUCACAAUAGCAGGAAAGGAAUUGUCAGUACAAAGAAGACCGUAAGUGCAACAGAAAAUGCUGCAGAUCAUGUUGACAAGAACAGAAAAGAGACAGAUGUUAAAAAGAAAUCAUAUCCAGUAGCCUUGCAGUACUUUACAGAUGCCAGUAGUGAAACAGAUACAAGUAGACUUUCAGAUUCACUGAAGAUGUUUGAAGACAAUUUGGAAAAUAUAAAAUUUGAUAUUGAAAACUUGAGAGCGCUUAAAUUAAAACAUCAAGCAUAUCAGAGAGAAUUAUCUGAAGACACUGGCGAUCCUGACCAAGCUGUCAAAGCAGUUCUCAUUGGUACACCAGAUGCUUAUCACAAACCUUCUACUGUGCCGUGUGGGGGUUGCGGUGCAUUCCUUCAUUGCAACGACCCAGCUGUACCAGGCUAUAUUCCGCAAGAACAGUUUAAGGGCAGAAAAGUAGAGCAUUUAGCAAAGUUAUUGUGCAAGCGAUGUACGCUGAUGAAUUCAUCAAGCAAGAUUAUUCAAAUGGACAUUGAUAAAAGCACUUACAAAGAAAUAAUCAGAAAGAUCAAAAAAGAAAAGGCGCUUGUUUUAAUGGUAAUAGAUGUAACAGAUAUAACAAAUAGCAUUAUACCAGAAUUUCUACAUGGCAUUGGAAAGCGCAGACCAAUUUUUAUUGUCGGGAAUAAAAUUGACUUAAUUCCUAAAGACAGCAAAGGACAUUUGAAUAGAAUAUUACACAGGUUGAAUCAGGAAUGUGAAAGAGCGUCGUUAAAUCCAUCUGGUGAAAAUAUUCGGUAUACGUGUCUUGUUAGUGCCAAAACUGGAUAUGGAAUAGAGGAACUUAUCAAUAAAUUGAUCAAAACCUGGGAGGUGAUUGGUAAUGUUUACUUAGUCGGCACAACAAAUUCUGGAAAAUCAACGCUGUUUAACAAGUUCCUUGAAUCGGAUUAUUGCAAACAUACAUGUCGGGAUAUUGUGCAGAGGGCAACUGUUUCAAGAUGGCCAGGAACAACUUUAAACUUGAUCAAAUUCCCGAUCAUUAGAGCAGAUAAAUGGAAAUUGUUCCUUCGUACAAUGCGCAUCAAAGAAGAUCAAAUGAAACAGACAGAAAUUCGAGAAAAGAAAAAAGAAAAAUUGAAAGAGUAUGGUGGAACUCACAAUGCAAAACUGUUUGCCAAGGUUGGUAAGACGGACUUCCGAAGUGAUGUUACAAAAGCGACGGAGGACAAAAAAUAUGAAAUAACUGGACAACACUUCACAAGCUACAAGUUUAGUUCAGAGGAAAAUGAUGUUAUAACCAACGUCAAUGACAAGUCUUCAGUGUUGGGUCUCAGGAAAACUAUACUGGAAGAAAUGUAUCCAACAUCGAAGUGGACAUGUGAUACGCCUGGCCUCAUCAAUGAGAAUCAGCUGAUCAACAGAAUGACAGGGGAGGAACUGAAGAAGAUACUGAAGGUAGAAAUGAUCCGUCCCCGAGUAUUUGUCAUGAAACCAGGAGAUGUUAUGUUUAUUACAGGUCUUGCUAGGAUUGAUUACUUAGAGGGAAGACGAAAAACGUAUGUGACAGUACACACAAACCAUUUAUUACCUGUACAUGUUGUGCAAGCUUGUGAUGCAGAUGCAUUUUACACAGAAAACAUAGGAACAGAAACUCUAGGUUUACCAAUAGGAGAUUCAAAAAGACUGGAUAAGUUACCAAGUUUGUGUGGAAGAGAAUUCAAGAUAGAUAUCGAGGACAGAUUGAUAGCUGCAGCUGACCUUCAACUGUCUUCUCUUGGCUGGGUAUCAUUCUCUGGACAGGAGAUGUACAUUUCCGCUCAUAUUAGAGCUUAUACCCCUGGUGGCCGAGGAAUGCAUCUCAGAUCACCAGCUUUAUUACAAGACAUUGCCGCUUUCAAAGGAACCAGAAUUUCUGGGACAAAGCAAUAUGCAAUGAAGAAACUGAAAAUGUGAAAAAUGCAUAUUUAUAGAAUUGACCUUUGACUGAAAUUAAUGAAAAAAGUAUAGAAUUCUUGCAGUAAUACAUAUGAAUGUAUUGUUUAACUCUUAGCCUGCUGGCGGCAAAUGAUUAUGCCUUUGCGACCAGUGCAGACCCAAGAUCAGCCUGCACAUCCGUGCAGUCUGAUCAUGGUCUGCACUGUUUGCUAUUCAGUCAGUAAAUUUUCAGUGAAAACCCCUUUGAAUAAUAAGUGGUACUGUCCAAAUUGAAAGAUGGACCAGUCCAUUAUAUAAAUAUAGCAGGGUAAGGGUUAAGUCUUAUUGAAAAUUGACAAGAGAUCUCAUUCUGUGUUUCAAAACAAACUGUAAAAUCAUUUAUUUUUGUGAGAUGAAAAUGACUUUUUACGUAGGGAUAUGGAUUUGUGGAUAUCAACUUCUGAAUGUAAAAAAAUAAAUUGGAAUUUACUUUUUGUUAGGAUUUUAUUUCUAUGAUUUGCUACAACAUGGAAUCCAUGAAAAUUAGCAUCACCCUUCACCCCACAAACUAUAGUGAUUCCACAGUAUUUCAUUUGUGUAAAAAUGAAAGGGAAAAUAUAUUGUUUGUUUUAUCAAGGGUGAACUGAAACAUUAAAGCAGUAUUGAAACAUA